AGCCGGCGGCCUGGCCAUGUGGGGCUAGCUCUCACCGCGCCUGGCCUGCAGCAGGACCAGCAACAUGGAGGCGGCCGUCGGCGUCCCCGACGGCGGGGACCAGGGCGGCGCGGGGCCCCGCGAGGACGCGACGCCCAUGGACGCCUAUCUGCGGAAACUGGGCUUGUAUCGGAAAUUGGUCGCCAAGGACGGGUCGUGCCUGUUCCGGGCGGUGGCGGAGCAGGUAUUGCACUCUCAAUCUCGCCAUGUUGAAGUCAGAAUGGCCUGUAUUCACUAUCUUCGAGAGAAUAGAGAGAAAUUUGAAGCGUUUAUAGAAGGAUCAUUUGAAGAAUAUUUAAAGCGUUUGGAAAAUCCACAGGUAUGUGAUAAUCUUCUAAUUUUCAGGAAAGAUUUUAUAAUUUAUCGGGAACCAAAUGUUUCUCCUUCACAAGUAACUGAAAAUAAUUUUCCUGAAAAGGUAUUACUGUGUUUUUCAAAUGGAAAUCAUUAUGAUAUUGUGUAUCCCAUAAAGUAUAAAGAAAGCUCUGCUAUGUGUCAGUCUCUCCUUUAUGAAUUGCUGUAUGAGAAGGUAUUUAAAACUGAUGUUAGUAAAAUUGUCAUGGGACUAGAUACAUUGGAAGUAGCUGAUGAAGACAACAGUGAAAUAUCAGAUUCGGAGGAUGACAGUUGCGAGAGUAAAACUGCUGCUGCUGAUGUGAAUGGAUUUAAACCUUUGUCAGGGGAUGAGCAGCUGAAGAACAAUGGGAACUCUACUAGCCUGCCUUUGUCUAGAAAGGUUCUUAAGUCACUCGAUCCUGCAGUCUAUAGAAAUGUAGAAUAUGAAAUUUGGCUGAAGUCUAAACAAGCUCAGCAGAAACGUGAUUAUUCCAUUGCUGCUGGCUUACAAUAUGAAGUUGGAGACAAAUGUCAAGUUAGGUUGGAUCACAAUGGAAAAUUUUUGAAUGCAGACGCUCAAGGAGUUCAUUCUGAGAAUGGACCAGUUUUGGUUGAAGAACUGGGAAAGAAGCACACAUCAAAGAACCUCAAAGCACCUCCCCCAGAAAGCUGGAACACGGUGUCAGGGAAGAAGAUGAAAAAACCUUCUACUUCUGGACAAAAUUUCCAUUCUGAUAUGGACUACAGAGGGCCAAAGAAUCCAAGCAAGCCAAUAAAAGCCCCAUCAGCACUACCUCCUCGACUGCAGCAUCCUUCAGGAGUAAGACAACAUGCAUUCUCUAGUCAUUCUUCAGGGUCACAGUCUCAGAAAUUCUCCAGUGAGCACAAAAAUCUUAGCCGGACACCCUCACAGAUCAUAAGAAAACUUGAUCGUGAAAGAGUUGAAGAUUUUGAUCACGCAAGUCGAGAAUCUAACUAUUUCGGCCUUUCCCCAGAAGAGCGCAGAGAGAAGCAAGCUAUAGAAGAAUCUCGUUUACUCUAUGAGAUUCAGAACAGAGAUGAACAGGCUUUCCCAGCCCUUUCCAGCUCAUCAGUCAGUCAGUCAGCUUCUCAGAGUAGCAAUCAGUGUGUACAGAGAAAAUCAUCACAUGUAAGUGAUAGAAAAGGAAGCAGGCGGAGAAUGGAUACAGAAGAACGAAAAGACAAAGACUCCAUUCAUGGACAUAGCCACUUGGAUAAAAAACCCGAACCAAGCACAUUGGAGAAUAUCACCGAUGAUAAAUAUGCAGCAGUUUCAUCACCAUCAAAGUCAAAGAAGUUAGAGUGCCCUUCUCCUGCAGAACAAAAGCCAGCAGAACAUGUGUCUUUGUCAAAUCCAGCUCCCCUUCUAGUUUCUCCAGAGGUACAUCUAACUCCUGCGGUGCCUUCUUUACCAGCCACUGUGCCAGCCUGGCCAAGUGAACCUACAACUUUUGGACCAACAGGUGUCCCUGCUCAAAUUCCUGUUUUGUCAGUGACACAGACUUUGACCACUGGACCUGAUUCUGCUGUAUCCCAAGCUCAUUUAACACCCUCUCCAGUUCCUGUGUCAAUACAGGCGGUUAACCAGCCCUUGAUGCCUUUGCCUCAGACAUUGAGCCUUUAUCAAGACCCACUCUAUCCUGGGUUUCCUUAUAAUGAAAAGGGAGAUCGAGCCAUUGUACCACCUUAUUCACUGUGUCAGACUGGGGAGGACCUACCUAAAGAUAAGAAUAUUCUUCGAUUCUUCUUCAAUCUUGGUGUGAAGGCAUACAGCUGUCCUAUGUGGGCCCCACAUUCUUACCUGUACCCUCUGCACCAGGCCUACCUGGCAGCCUGCAGGAUGUACCCAAAAGUCCCUGUCCCUGUUUAUCCUCAUAAUCCCUGGUUCCAAGAGGCUCCUGCUACUCAGAAUGAAAGUGAUUGUACCUGUACUGAUGCCCACUUUCCUAUACAGACUGAGGCCAGCGUUAAUGGUCAAAUGCCACAGCCAGAGAUUGGACCGCCAACAUUUUCUUCACCUCUGGUUAUCUCUCCAUCUCAGGUGUCUGAAAGUCAUGGACAGUUGUCUUACCAGGCUGAUCUUGAAUCUGAGACCCCUGGGCAGCUUCUUCAUGCUGAUUAUGAAGAGUCACUAAGUGGCAAGAAUAUGUUCCCCCAACCAUCUUUUGGACCCAGUCCAUUCUUAGGCCCAGUUCCUAUUGCACCUCCUUUCUUCCCUCAUGUUUGGUAUGGGUACCCUUUUCAGGGAUUCAUAGAAAACCCAGUAAUGAGGCAGAAUAUUGUCCUGCCCUCUGAUGAGAAAGAAUUAGAUCUGUCUCUGGAAAAUCUGGAUCUUUCUAAAGAAUGUGGUUCAGUUUCAGCCGUAGAUGAAUUUCCAGAAGCCAGAGGCGAACACGUACAUUCUCUCCCUGAAGCAAGUGUGAGCAGUAAGCUGGAUGAAGGCCGGACAGAGCAGUCAUCCCAGACACGAAAGGCAGAGAUGGCAUUGGCUUCCAUCCCUCCUGUAGCAGAGGGAAAGGCUCAUCCUCCCACUCAAAUUCUAAACAGAGAGAGAGAAACUGUGCCUGCUGAACUUGAACCAAAAAGGACCAUUCAAAGUCUGAAAGAAAAAACAGAAAAAGUAAAAGAUCCUAAGACUGCUGCUGAUGUGGUCAGCCCGGGGGCCAACUCUGUGGAUAGCAGAGUGCAAAGACCAAAAGAAGAGAGUUCAGAAGAUGAAAAUGAAGUGUCUAAUAUUUUGAGAAGUGGUAGAUCCAAGCAGUUCUAUAAUCAAACUUAUGGAAGCAGGAAGUACAAAAGUGAUUGGAGCUAUUCUGGUAGGGGCGGAUAUCAACAUGUGAGAGGUGAGGAGUCCUGGAAAGGACAGCCAAGCAGAAGCCGGGAUGAAGGUUAUCAAUACCAUCGAAAUGCCAGAGGACGACCAUAUAGGGGAGAUAGGAGGAGAUCAGGGAUGGGAGAUGGCCAUAGGGGGCAGCACACUUGAUGGUUGUUGCUGAAGUAUUUUCUAACAGAAGCUCUUAGGUGGAAUGUUUCUGAAGGCUUUAAAAAAAUACAAUAAAAUAAAAACCCCAGUUGGAACUCUUUCCCCUCCCCAGUCCCCUUCCCUUCACUUCUAUACUGUACAAGACAUUUUGGACAUGAGUUCAAGGGGGCAGGUGAAUUCCUGGCAUUGCCAGUUUUCUUCAUUCAGAAUCUGUUUAUUUAUCAAGUGACUGUCCCCAUAAAAAGUAGAAGAUAAGUUUGUUAAAGUAUUUUUUAUAAACAGCUUAAUAUAAAACAUUAUAGAUUUAGUGUUUGGCUUUUUUCCUUAUAUAAGUUUGAUUUCAAAUGUUGGAAAUGUGUCCUUUAUAGUGUUUACUGGAGUGACAAGAAAAUAUACCAUUUGACACACUAUAGAUUCCAAACAUAAUGUUGCACCAAAUAGAAAUGUAUAUUUUAUUAUGCAAUGCCUUAGUCAUAAACUGGGCUCAAACAAUUCUCAGCCUAAAACACUGUUGUCUCUUAAAAUGCUUCCAACCCAAAGGCCUUUCAUCUCAAUAUCUGUCAAACUUGAAUAAUGUCCUCUCUUUAAUAUUCACAUAAGGCAGCCUAUUAACUGUGUCUUAGCAAUGUUGUAUAUAGUUCUUUUAAUAUUCAUAAGGUAUAUUUUUGAAUUUUGGUAUUUGUUGAGAUUGCAUAGAAGAAUAGUAGGAAAUCCAAUGAAAUGGCUGUUUCCACCAAGAAUUCUUAGCACUGGUGUAAAUAUCAUGGUGCCUACUCGAAAGAAAUGUAGAUGCUAUGCAUUUUGAAAAUAAUCUGCAUCAGUUAGAACUGCAGACGUUUUUUUAAUGCCACUUUAACACUAAUGCACUGACAGAUUCUAAAUAUUUUGUGAGAAGAAAUGUUAAAAAUUUUUAGCUUGAUAGGUUUCUAGAGUUACUGUGUUUUGUUUUCUCCUUGCACCAUUGGUUGUUUAUCACUUUCACUUGACACUUGCAUGUUCUACUUGUCAGGGCUGGAACUGUUGUAUAGAAGAUAAUAUGAUUGUGACUUCUAGUUCUUUUCUAGAGGAUGCUGCUAGAAAAUGGUUUUGCUUUGUGUUUUAUAGCUUGUUACCCUUAGGUAGGUAACAUCUUCCAUCCUGCUUUCUUCCAGUCUUUGCAGUAUUCACUAGAAGUUCCCUUUGCAUGUUGCACUCUGUUCUCAUUUGGAGAUUGGACUCUCUGAAUUAACACAGUAUUCAUUCAUCUGUGUUAUUUUGUAAAAAUAACUGUAGCUUGUAUUUCUUAUUUGUACAUACCAAUGUGAAAAUCUACCCUUUUAUUAUGUUGAGAUUAUCUUCUGAUCAGGAAGUUUGAGUGCUAUGCAAAUAACAUAGUAGUAAUUUCUCUUUGCAUGCCAUGUGUAAUAUACCUAGCCAAAAACAGAUGCGGUGACUUUCUUUUUUUGUAAAGCAAAUUACUUAAGAAAAUACAAUUCACUUGAAUUUGACAAACUGAAACAGAUGAGUUUUCUGGGUUCUCUGAUAACCUAUGGGAAUGUUUAGAUGCCAGCUGGGCUCUGUGAAUCUCCACUGUACUGUAAUAAUGGUUAUUUACCUCUGUGCUGUUUUAAUUACCUAACGUCUGUGUAACUGCUGAUUUGAGUAGUGAUUAGCAUUUAGAUAAUAAUGUAACAGGAUUUUAGAGAGCACUUUGAAAGAUAACAUUUUAUUAUGAUGGUGCUAGGUAACAAAUUGUAAAGACUGGGAUGGUUGUGUAGAAAAUUUUUUUGAGAGAACCUAUUGAAAGGAAUUUGUUGUCACCUUUCAAGCUAGAACAGUUGAAGGUACUGCUUUAAGCCAUUUUUUUUUUCUUAACAUCAGAGGCCGAGAUAAGGAAAGAGAUUAGCAGGUCCUCCUCUUUCAGCUCAUCCUUUUUUUUUUUUUUUGGUAGGACUAACUUACCUGAUAAUUUUAAUGAAAACCACAUUUUGAUACAAACACCAGAUUUGAAAGUUCAGUAUGUUUGAUCUCAGGAGUCCAAAAUAAGUUGUUGAUUCUAGUGUCCUGCAUUUUAUUGACUGGGGUUUGAUCUCAGCUUCUGAAAAUGUUUAAAAAUUGGAAGGAAAUACUAUUCAUGUCUUCAUUGUCACUUUGUUUUACCUUAAUUGAGUAACAUAAUAGCUCCUGAAGGAAACACAGAUUUGCUUUCUGUUUCCCAUAUUUCUCACCUCUAGGAUAUGAUGGAAACAGUGCUUGAAUGGUAAUUUUAGCAGAUGGUACUUUUCUCAAUGACCUCUGGAAUAAAGACUUUUGAUAGUUUUAAAAGUAAUCUUGGUAAGAAGGUUGGUUUUACUUUUUUCCUUUAUGUUUCAUUUUAAAUGUACUAGUCCAAGGGAUUUUGCCUUAUGCUGAGGUCAAACUAAGGCUAAGCAAGCUUUUGUUCUUCAUCUUAACUGUUUGUCAUGCUCUGUGUUGACAUAUUUCUUUAUGAGAAUAGAAGCAAAAAUAUAGAACUGAGGAUCAUUUGUGUUUUUGAGUUGGAAAUUAUCAAACUUCACCAUAUUAUGAUCAUACAUAUUUUGAAGAACAGACUGACCAAAGCUCACCUGUUUUUUGUGUUAGGUGCUUUGGCUGAACUUGAUUCCAGCCCCCUUUUCCUUUUGAUGUUCUGUGUCUCUUCAAGUUCAUUUCCUCUCAGAUAAAUCUUCAACUCUUCCCCCACGCCCUCCUUGGCAGCAGGAUGCUGGCAUCUGUGUAGUCCUCAUACUGUUUACUGAUAACCCACAAGUUCAUUUUCAUGGCAGACCUAAGCUGAGGCCCUGCCUUGACCUGGCAAGAGUAGGUUUUCCCAGACCACAAUGCCGAUAUAACUUAUUUAAUGCAGACUGUAUUUUUGCAGUGUGUUGUUUCCUUUGUGACUCAAGGUUGAAUUAAAAUGCCUGUGAACUGCAAACUUGCUUAUGAUAGACUUGGUGCAAUAAAGUUCCUUUCUAACCAUUUCUGGUUUAGAAAACAUUCAGCCAUCCUAGAAACUAGCAAUAUUUAUUUUUGCCUCUUUUCUUUUACCUUCAUUUUUAGAUGAGGUAAAUGUUUUGACUUUCACUUAAGGGUACUAAGCAAGGUCCACUCUAGUGUAGCUGAAGAGAAUGCAUAUUUGGCUACACUAUUUGUUUACUGUAUUUUGCUUCCUAUGUCUAAAUGCUAUUGUUUUUGUUUAAAAUCCUAAUAAUGGCUCAUUUCCACUAUGUUAAUUUCAAAGAACUAAGGUUUUGCUACUAGUGUCAGCCAUUUACUCUCCCACUAAUUGGGAUUAUUUUUUAAAGGAGGUCUUUCCCCCUGAAAUGCAAGUUUUAGAAAAUCUUAGAAGAGGGGUGGGUGCAUGUCUUAAUGCUGGGAAGCAGCAACUUUGGGGUUGAACUUACUUGAAUGGAUUAAAAAUUGCAUUGUGUUACAGAGCUAGAAAAUUUUAUGUAUGAAAAAUGAUAAUAGCCUUACACUGAGUACAAAUAAUACUUAAGAGCAUGUGAAGAUGUGAUCAUUUGUGAUGUUACUUGUAAAAAAAAAAUUAUAUAUAUGCCUAUCUUUUGAAGUGUUGAAAGGAAACUAGUACUUUAUAUUCUUUAUCAUAUCACUUUUUGUAAGUGUUGAAUAUAUUCCUGUUUAUUUUUCUAUGUUCUGUUUUGUAGCCUUAAGAAGUGUUUCAAACAUAUCUGAAUGUAUAAAAUAAGAGUAAAUGCCCUACAUGGUGUGAUGCUGCAUUAUAUAUAAAACUGUGUGCAUAUAUUAAAUUUUGUUUCUUGA